AUGCAUUGAUAUCAUGAGGACGGUUGCGUACCGUAUUGCUGAUUUUGAUGUGACUGGGAAUCUCCUUUCUCCAUAGCAACAACAGCCAAAAAAAGGUCCAGUAUCGCAGGUCAUAAAUUGCAAAGCAUUCGCACUUCAUCGGGCAUGUCAGGAAGAAUUCAUUUGUAUUGUGUCGCCCGUUCAAGUCGGUCGCAUUUGUACGGUGUAAGGAGUCGGUUUAAGUUUUUUGCAAAGUUUCAACCUGCUCAGGUCGGCGUGCAGACUUGACAACAUGGACAAGAAGCGAAAGGCACCUCGGGAGACAGGUAUGGCCAGUGGGUCAUGCGAGAAGCGCAAGAAGAGUGCUUCUUCUUCCUCCCCGCCAACCAUGCCGGACCCAAGCGCGGCCCAGGGCGCUAUUGAAAUCACGGUGGACGGCGUGGUUAUCAAGGGGUAUCACAUCUUCCGCCGAAGGCCGCUGUUGGGUCUCAGGAUGAAGGUUGUGCCGGAGCCGGACAACCCUAUGGACAAGGACGCCCUGGUGGUGGUGAUGCCACCACUGGACAGCAUACCCACGGCGGACCACGACGUCGUCACCGACACCAAGAGGUCCACGACGGUCCGCCACAUCGCUGGAAAGUGGAUCGGACGCCUUCCAGCCGGCCUGUCCACCAUUCUCCGCAGGAUGAAAGCGGAGGGCGAGGUGGCAGAACUGACAUGCGUGGCCACCGGAGAACCCCGCCAGUCUUUCGCACCUUGGCCCAUGCCAGGACAGAAAGGUGGAGGUGCUGUCAUCCCCUGCAAGCUGCACGUGCAGGUGACCGACAGGGAGCGGGCCAUUGCAGCACUGAAGUCGGCGUUUGAGAGCGACCUCGGACCAGAGAAGGCCGCCCUGGUCAUCGUUUAAGACCGAUACAACGUCCUUGGUUUACGUAAAGUCAAA